UUUUUUUUCGGUGUCGCCCCUCCCUUGAAGCUUUGUUAUUCACUCAACAGCUCGUCCGCAUCGACCAAAUUUGUGACAGCACAGACCGCUUGUCUCUAUCUUAAUAUCAACCGAUUCCUCCCGACUCAUCGCCAGCUUGUGUCUAGCUUUAUCGACUUUACAAUACGGCUACGCACAGUAUAGCCUCUUUGUUGCGACAACGACGUCAUCGAGAGUCCGAACUACUCAGGCGACACUUUUCACUUAACGACUCAAAAUCAUCCCAUCGUAACCGUUCAAGUCCGUGCGUCAUUGCCGAAGUCAGGUGGUUAUGGUAUGCAGGCGCCUCGUGUUGAUCACCCCCCGUGUUGAAAUAAACAUAAGCUCUCGACGAGGGCAUGGCUUAUGCUGAGCGAGAAGCAUUUUCAGGGUUGAAAAUCGAUACUAUUCUUGCCAGAAGCCAAUCCCCCAGUCCAGCCCGCAAAUAUGGCGAAAUUAAUGACGGGGAAGAGCAAAGGUCGAAGGAAAAUGACAUGGCACCGACACGACCACAGGAUGAAGAAGAGAGCGUGAUGAAUGAAUUACACAACGACACGCCUCCGAUGGCUGUUCCUCGUCCAGAUGAUAACCACUUUCCGUGUCUCGAGUCAGAUAUAAGCUAUUCUCACAAACCGGAAGAGGACUACUCGUCGACAUUUGAGGACUAUUUGCGCGAACAUAAUCCACCGUUUGACCUUAGUUCGAAAGAUCACACCGAUCCAAGGCGCCCUAAUGUGCUAGAAGGACCUCUGCCGGGUCGUGACUCCCGCCACACUGCUUACAGUCAACUACAAACGCGAUUGUCUAAUUUGCGGAACGUACAAACCCAAGAUCAAGCCGAGCUCAACUACGAUGUGUCAGACACUAAACAAAGGCACGGCAGACAACACUCGCCAUCAAUGGGUAAUGGGUUGCCGUUCUCUUCCAAAAGGGAUGAUGAUCAAUUAAACGUUGAGGAUCUUGAUCGGCCGACCUCACUCACCUCAGUAUCGACAAUGUCUCCGUUGGAAGAAGUUCGGACACCUUCUGAGUACCCAAGGGACGGAACAAAAGAAGUUCUACUCUCUCCAUUAUCCUCGUCGCCUCUUAUUCAGCGGGCUGCUUCUCUCGAAGACCCUAGUAUUUGGACUAUGGGCGUUAGUGCAUCUUACGGAAGCAAAUCCCGCAGUUAUACACUUGAAGGAAGUAAUAGUUGGCGAAGGGCAAUGCGGCAGGGGUCCAGAAGGUCUACUGGUUCGAGUGGGAAAUCACCAGCUAGUGCGUUCUUGUCUAUGUGGACUUCUCCGGAGGAAGUUAUGGCUCCUCAGCCUGAUGAUGAGGGGCAGAUGGUAGGGACUGAUUAUGUUAUCGGAAAGCAAAUUGGAUUCGGUGGUUUUAGCACAGUCAAAGAAGCUUUCAAAGUUGAGGGCAAUGGUGCUACGCGGCGUCUGGCAGUCAAAAUUGUGAAAAAACAUGUUCUAGGUAAAAGCGAGCAAGAGAAUGACCAGGUACAGGCUGAAUUCGACCAUGAAGUUCGUAUAUGGCGGCAAUUGAAUGAUUCUCACAUUCUCUCUCUGGACGCAGUAUACGAAACCGAUUAUGCUACUUUCUGUUUUACCAAAUUCGCCAUUGGGGGGACACUUUUCGACUUGGUGAAAGCCAAUCGUCGCGGCAUAGAUAUGCACCUCGCCAAGAAAUAUGCCUACGAGCUUGCUUCUGCACUGCGUUAUCUACACGAAGAUAUGCGGGUUGUCCACCGUGACAUCAAACUAGAGAAUUGCUUGCUUGAUCCUGAGAGGGCUGAGGAUGGUAGCGAGACAGCCAAACUUCUCCUCUGUGAUUUUGGCAUGGCAGAAUGGAUGGCAACAGACACUGGAGGAGAACCUAUAGACACGUACGAUAAUCCCGCCGAUCGCCCCCCAACACAGAACAUCGGCCCAAGCGGAUCGAGCACGAGCGUUGCGGGAAGCUUGGAGUAUGCUUCACCGGAACUCCUUCUUUCGACAAGUGGCCUGGUAGACCCAGUGGUUGAUAUAUGGGCAUUUGGCGUUGUUGUUUACGCAACUGUUGUCGGAUCUCGUCCGUUUCAGAAUGGUUUUGGGCCACGGACACAUGCCAGCAUUCUCAAAGGGGAAUGGGACCCCAAUGCGGUUCUCGCGGGUCAUGUAAAUGAUGUUGGUCGCCGUGACACUCUACAGCUGAUACGCCAUUGUUUGGAAAUGGACACGGAAAGACGUUGGACCAUUAGACAAGUCCUUGACUGUCCAUGGUUCCAAGACGUUCCACAGACGCCCGAAGAGGCUCUGAAUGAGUCUACCUGGAGGUUAUAAGCCUCGGCUCUACACCCUGCUGAUGUUAUAGGACCUUUGUCGAAUUCGUUUCAUUUAACCUACAGGUAACCAGACCUUAUCAGCCAACUUGUAUGGAUAUGUCUAGAUAUGUAUGAUGAAGUUAAGUUUUGAUUGUUUGGGAUAUUUUGGCUUGGUAAGGAUCGUUCUUGGGAUGGGUUAGUUUGCGUUCACUUGAGUCUUGAGCACAGCAGUCGAUGAUACCCCUGACCGUCAAUUGAUGAUCAGCAGCGUUGCGCGAGCGUCGAUGAUUUGAAUUUACACGAUACGAGCGUUCAGAUGCGAUAUGAUAUGAAGCAAGGCGUUGGUUCGUUAUCUUUCUUUUUUUUUUUUUCCUAAUUCACGCAUUUUGGCAUCCUAACUAUUCAAAACUGUGCUAUUUCGUUCGUCUUUUAAAUUUCGGCUGAUUACUUUGUACUUGUUUGUCCAC